AUGGGUUGGAAUGACAUAGGUUACCAUAACAACCAGGUGAAAUCACCAACCCUGGAUCGACUGGCUAGGGAGGGAGUCAAACUGGAGAAUUAUUACGCCAAGUCUGUGUGUACUCCAAGCAGAGGAGAACUGUUAACAGGUCGGGAUGCGGCUACUACCGGUCUGUCGGCUGUCUUCACGCAUGGCAAUCCCGUGGGGAUGCCUUUGACGGAAAAGCUACUCCCGCAGAGACUGAAAGAGAGGGGAUACGCCACCCACAUCGUCGGGAAGUGGCAUUUAGGGCACUACACGUACAAACAUACCCCAACGUAUAGAGGAUUUGACAGCUUCUAUGGAAUAUACGGCGGAGGCACUGACUUCUAUUCCCACAGAAGUUGUUUCUCGGUAUUUCCUGGUGUCUGCGGCCUUGACCUUUGGAAUGGGACGGUGCCAGAUCGGUCCAAAUACGGCGUGUAUGCAACAGAGAUAUACUCUCGCGUGGCAACAGAUAUCAUACGCCAUCACAAUACCAAUCAGCCUUUGUUUUUGUACAUGCCAUUCCAACUCGUUCACGAACCGGUUCAAGUCCCAAAAAGAUUUGAAAGCCUAUAUGAUGGGUUAGAUCCGAGCGGCGUGAGAAAAACGUAUUUAGGUAUGGUGUCCGCUUUGGACAAGGCAGUAUCCGAUAUUGUGGAGAGUUUGAUACAGCGGGAUAUGCUUGAGAACUCCUUGAUUGUAUUUUCAUCCGACAAUGGCGGUGCCCCAAAACAGGGCGGUGACAACGCCCCCUACAGGGGCAUCAAGGGAUCUCUCUGGGAAGGUGGGAUAAAAGUGCCAGCUUUUGUAUGGAGUAAACUACUACAGAGACCGGGAAGAACCGUUCGUGACCUCAUUACCAUCACAGACUGUACCAGAAAAACAGGUCAAAGAUACGAGGUCAUCCAUGAGCUGAUAACUUGUCCGUCGUGGUACCCCCCUCGAGGACGCCCGCUUUACAACGACACCUUUGACACCUCGCAGAGGGCGUCUCUAAGACGUGGAGAUUGGAAAAUCAUCACGGGGUCUCCAGCUUUCGUCAUACAGUAUAUUGAUGGAGAACCAGUGGAACUUGAAAUCAUUGGAAUCGACCCCAGCAUCCAGAACGUGUCCUUUAGCAAGAACGUGUGGCUGUACAACAUUACUAAAGACCCGUAUGAGCAAUAUGACGUGUCAGAUAAGUACCCGGAUGUAGUGCGCCUCCUGUUGGACAGACUAGAAACUAUCCGGCAGAUGGCACCACCUACAAUAUGCCCCGACCCAGAUCCAGCCCUAAAUGCAGCAUUACAGAAUGGCGUUUGGGGUCCGGCUAGAAAUGACAAUGAAUUAAAUGGCGGUGGCUGUGAAUUCGAAUCGAAGGAACCUCCGGUUUGGCUUGGAAAAGAUCAAUUCUGA